AGUCAUUUAAAACGUUCGAUCAAGUGUAUACAUAUGCAUUUUGAUUCAUAAUUUCUUAUCCAGAUGCAAGACAAAUGAAGAUCCAUCGAUGGAGUCGAUAAUAAUCAAGCAAAGCAGAUAAGAACAAUGACUAAACGACUCGGAAAUCAACAAAUCGACAAUAAAUUUAACGUUCUACGUAAACAUGAAAAAAAAUGUGAGAAAAAAAGCUCGGAAUAAAUCAUGUCUACAUAGAUGUGGGAAAAAAAAAAAGAAAGAAAAAUACUUCAUUAAAAAUAAAGAAACUAAUGAGAUGUUCCAUACAUAUGUUCCAUACGUAUGAUACGCUCAACAGCAAUAAUAUAUCAAGUCAAGCAAAGCAUACAAUUACAGGAGAUACAUAUCAAGCUAUUUCAUCGAAAAUUAUAUAUAGAUCGGUACGAUCGAAGUUACGUUGUUUAUUCAACCUAGGUGUGUUUCUUUUUCGCAAGGUUCACCGUUGAUUAUCGAUAGAAUAGUUUUUAUCCGGACACUCGAAGAUGAUGUAAAGUGUAUAAUAUUAUAACAAAAAAAUGUAUGAAUGCGGGGUGAAAUUUUUUUUAUCGAAUUAUCGUUAUCCACACAAUUUGUUUCAAUGAAAUAAAUAAUCAAAAAAAAAGAACAAAAAAAUUGCAAACAAAAUGAUCGACAGGAGAACCGAAUAAAACAAUUUCAUUCUAUGUGCGUCCGUCCACCCACUAAUGCAAACAUCGUAUAUAAAUGUUUUCAAAGGAUAGCCAUCGCGCGCUGAAGAACCACUCGUUCAACAACAAUAAUUAUCCGUCGACGAUCUGACGCGAAUGGAUGGACACAACAAGCGAUACAAUAAAGGGGAACGUGAAGGAACUAAUACAGAAACUAGAAUGCAUAUGAGGAACAAACGUGAGAACAGGAAACGAGGAAAUAUUAAAGUAAGCGAUAUUAAAAAAGAAGGGAUGGAGAUAAACAGGACAAUGGUGAAUAGCGAUAUCUUUCAAGCUCUUUUCCCUAUUUAUCAUAUCAGCAAGGCGUGUGGUUUGCUUCCAGUUCGUUUCACGAAACAACCUCAUGGCCGAUACCAAGGUCGUUUGCAAAUUUUUGACGUAAUUUACUGCAUAUUUCUUCUUGGAGUUAUCAUGGGUUUAGAAGCUUGGGGUCUAUGGCGAGAAAUGAGAGAUGGCUGGGAAAAUAGCACCAGGCUAAAAUCUCGUUCAGCCGUAAUACCAACUUGUAGUGAUAUUCUUGGAGUAAUAAUAUUGGCUAUUAUUGCUGUAUUAGGUUCGCCAUUUCGCUGGAAACACGGGCAGAUUGUUCUUAAUAACUUGGCCGAGAUCGACGAAACGUUGGGUAUCGUUGCACCGAAGAAAACUCGUAGAUGUAGCAUUGUCUUAGUUACUUGUGCUCUUACCUAUCUUAUUAUAUUAUCGAGUCUCGACAUAUGUUGGUGGGAUCGCGAUUCGAAAGCAAAUAAAAAAAUGAAGGACAAGGGUGCGAUAAACUACUUGCCACUUUAUAUCAUGUAUAUGAUCAUCAUUAUAUUGGAAAUCCAAUAUAGUCUUAUCACAUACAACGUAUAUCAGAGAUUUGUGAGGCUUAACAAAUGUCUUGAAAGUAUCUUAAAGACGGGCAAGGUGACCGAUCAUUUUAGAAAAGAUCUUGGCUUGGCCGGCGAUUUUAAAACUCGAGAACAACCAGCUUCGUACAUUCGUAUAUCCAAGCCCUUAGAAUGGUAUCCUGUUGGAUUUGAAACGAAGAAUUUUGCAAAUAAUAUAGCUCAACUCGUGACGGUGCACUCGUCUCUAUGCGACACGGUUUCAUCUAUAAAUAAUGCCUUCGGUGUCGUCAUGGUAGUAGUCACUCUCACCUGCCUCUUGCAUCUGAUUAUUACACCCUAUUUUCUAAUAGAAGAAGUCAAUGGAAAUCGUCAAUGGUUGUCCCUCAUAGUUCAGACCGCAUGGUGCAUCUUACAUGUCACGAGAAUGCUUAUAAUCAUACAACCUACUUAUUCCACUGUCAUUCAGGCAAAAAAGACGGCUAUUCUCGUUAGCCAACUGCUUUCUUCUAAUCCAAAUGUGGAAUGUAGAAGACAUUUGGAAGUUUUUUCGCUUCAAAUACUACAUCGACCUUUGGACUUUACUGCUUGUGGACUUUUCUCUUUAGAUAGAUCUCUCGUUACAUCGAUUGCCGGCGCGGUAACGACGUAUCUCGUAAUUCUCAUACAAUUUCAAAAAGAAGACACUACGAAAGACGAUGUUGAUAACAUUUUGAAAAAUGCUACGCAAAUUUUGAAAAAUGCCUCGUCUCUCCACAAUCUCACAUCGAUCAAACAUAAUUCAUCAUAAAUUU